AUGGCGAGUGUAUCGGAUGUGUCUCUACCUUUGAGUGCAGGUGAGGACACGUUCGAGCUGCAUGCGGUGCAGUUGGAGCUGGAGGCUUUGGAACGACAGAUUCGGACCCUUCUGGAGAAGCAGGCCGAGCUACGGGAGCGGCGAACAGCGCUGAAAACAUCCCGUGCUGACGCUCACCAAUCCUCGGUAAGUUUGCAGCGUGAUUUUAACACUCCUGCUUCCUCUACGCCGUGUGCUUCUCUGCACAGGGCCCGAGCACCCAGAACGCGUUCAUCCCAGCCCUCGUUCACUCCGGCGCCGUCACACCAGGGACCUUGGGUUCUUCAGCAACGGAAGGCGCGAGCCAGGCCUCGGACCAGGACCUCUCCCCCUCCGCCGCCCCCAGUCUUCGAGGUUUCGACGAGGAACCGCUUCUCCCCUCUUCGCGAGGCAGAACGCGAUGCCGUGGUCACCGGAGACUCCAUCGUCCGUCACGUCCACGCUACCACAACCAAAGGUAAGGUGCGCAGUCACUGUUUUCCUGGUGCUCGUGUUCUCGAUGUCGCUACACAGGUUCCCGCGAUCCUGAAUGGCGCUGAGAGCAUCGGAGCUGUUGUUCUGCACGUGGGGGUGAAUGACACCAGGCUGCGGCAGACGGAGGUGCUGAAGCAGGACUUCAGGAGCCUGAUCGAGACGGUACGAGCCACAUCGCCCGCGACGAGGAUCAUUGUGUCCGGACCGCUUCCGAUGUACCGACGUGGACAUGAAAGGUUCAGUAGAUUAUUUGCUUUAAAUGAAUGGUUAAUGUCUUGGUGUACUGAACAGAAGCUGCUCUUUAUAAAUAAUUGGAAUCUUUUCUGGGAGCGACCUAGGCUCUUCCGUGCUGAUGGCCUGCACCCCAGCAGAAUCGGAGCUGAUCUUCUGUCGGAGAACAUCUCCAAGACGCUUCGCACCGUAUGACUAGUGACUAGAGAGUACAUCAGUUUCAGUUUGGAUCCAGCCUCUUAAGAAGACCUCAGAUGACUAAAACUUUUGAAGAGACGGCGCCAACUCCUGCGAUGACUUCAGAAGAUGCAACAUCUGGAUCAACACGCACAUUCACAUUCUAUAAAUCCUAAUUAUUGUUAAUAUGUAAUUCAUUUUCCAGGAGCUCUUUGCUUCUACCUCCAAUUAAAUUGCUAACAGUGAUUGUAUGUUAAUCGCCUAAAUUAUUACAUUAUUAGCUAACUGCAUUCUCCAAAUUGUAAUGUUGAUAUGCAUUCUCUGUAAAGCUGCUUUGAAACGAUAUGUAUCGUGAAAAGCGCUAUACAAAUAAAUGUGAAUUGAAUUGAAUUGAAUUAUUAUUAUCAGUGCUGAAAACAGCUGUGCUGCUGAAUGAAAGUGGAAACCGUGAUCCAGUGCCUGUUCUGUUGUUUAAAGACUAUUGAAAUAGAAAUCUUUUGUAACAUUAGAAAUGUCUUUUUUUCCUUCUUCUUUUUUUUUAAUGUAUUUAAUUAAUCCUUGUUGAAUAAACUUCAUCCUUGUGAAAUUCAUUUCUUAAAAAACAAAAAAACUACAGUGAUUCCAGACAUUCGAAUAGUAUUUUAAUGCAAAUGCAUUUGUGCAAAUAAUUUGGGGGCCACUGUAUGUAAAAAGAUAACUUUUUGUUGUUAUAAAAAUAGUUUUAAGUAAAUAAAAAAAAUGUCAUUAAAAUUCAAAGAGUGGUAAAAAAAAAAAAAAAGUCAAAAUCUUUAAGACUAAAAAUGUAAUUUUUUGAUCUGAGAAUAGCUUUCUUAUGUGUCAUAUUUUCAUAUAUUAAGGGACUGCUACAGUAGCUGAAGUUUGUUGUUGGCAAGUCCAUGGCCUAUCUUUUUGUACAAAAACAAAAUGUCAUUAAAUGUCUCACACAAUAUCAAAUGUUCACUCCAUCACACAUUAUACAAAGCAUCUAGUUAUCAAGACCAUAUUCCCAUCUUUA